UCUUGCUGGUCGGACGUGUUUUUUUGGUCGCUCCCGUUCGAAACGUUUUUUCCCCCCGUUUUGGCCAAUGUCUGUGCGCGCGCGUGUGUGCGUGCUGCUUGCAGUUCAAAAGGGCAGCAACAACAACAACAACAGCACACCUCUCUUUUAAGCCAGGUCUUCUGAGCCCGCGCGCGAGUGUGUGUGUGUUUUUGUGCGAGAGAGCGUGAUUUAGAAUCGUGGCCUGGGAAGAAAUGGCAAAUUAGUUGGCUCAAAGCGGAAUCUCUGUGCUCAAUAUUCAAAUUCAGGCUAGAAAGUGUCGCGUGCGAAAGUGUGCAAAUAAUACAACUAGCGAAAAGAGAAAUAAAACUUAAAAAAAAACCUGUUCUAAGCCAAGUGCCCAUUGCACGCGCGAGUGUGUGUGUGUGUGGAGCAGAAAAGAAAAGGAGAGAGAAAAGGGAGAAUGCAAUUAACAACAAUAGCAAAAAUAUAGUUAAAAUCAAACGCCGAACGAAACCCUUUCCAAUACGAAAACACGAGUUGAGCCAACAAAUCAGCGAUCAUGGCUAUAAUCGCGAAUGCGUCACCGCCACAGCAGCAACAACAACAGCGGCUAACAACAACAAAAGCAACAGCAGCAGCAGCAACAACAACAGCGGCGUCAGCAGAAACAACAACAACAGCUAGAAGUCGAGACCGCACGAAAAGCGCAGCUCAAAUUACGUCGCAUUUGCUCAAGCGCGCCAUUUCAGUUUAUUCGUCGCCUCAAUGGAUACCGCUCUUCAUACUUAUUUACUUAGCAACAGAUGUCGCCUCUGUGGCGGUGCCGACGAAGGAGGCGUACUUUAAUGGCUCCACUUACCUGCGCCUGACCACGCCGAUGCCCAUUUGGGACCACUCGGCGAUUAGUUUCCGGUCGUGCCGCGGCGGCGAAAUCCUCGCCCAGCAGUACAACAAGAACUCCAUCGUAAUCUCAGUGCUCAACGACUUUCUGCAAAUAUCCCUGGCGGGACCGGCGGUCCAUGGGCCGAACAACCGGCUGGAUGUCAAGCUGCCCUACCAACUGCUGGACAACCGCUGGCACACGCUGCAGUUCAAGUACGAGUACGGAAAUCUCUACCUGCAUGUGGAUCGUGCGGCAAGCAUAUUUGCCAACUCCACGUACAACAGUCAGUUCCUGACAAACCAGGACAUUGGCUACAAGGACGCCAUCCUAAUACUGGGCAACUCCUUCUCGGGUUGUCUCCUGGAUGGACCUGGUCUCCAGUUUGUAAACAACUCCACGGUGCAGAAUGUGGUCUUUGGGGUCUGUCCUCUGACUCCAGGUCCCUGCAGCGAUCACGACCUGUUCACCCGACUGCCGGAUAACUUCUGCCUAAACGAUCCCUGCAUGGGCCAUGGAACCUGUUCAUCCAGUCCCGAGGGAUACGAGUGUCGCUGCACGGCCCGUUACUCGGGAAAGAAUUGCCAGAAGGACAAUGGUUCGCCCUGUGCCAAGAAUCCCUGUGAGAAUGGAGGCUCCUGCCUGGAGAACUCCCGCGGGGAUUACCAGUGCUUCUGUGAUCCCAACCACAGUGGUCAGCACUGCGAGACGGAGGUUAAUAUCCAUCCCCUUUGCCAAACGAAUCCCUGCCUGAACAACGGAGCCUGCGUGGUUCUCGGCGGCAGUGGAGCUCUGGCCUGCGAGUGUCCCAAGGGAUAUGCCGGAGCCAGGUGCGAGGUGGACACGGAUGAGUGUGCCUCUCAGCCCUGCCAGAACAACGGUAGCUGCAUCGAUAGGAUCAAUGGAUUCAGCUGCGAUUGCAGUGGCACCGGCUACUCGGGCGCCUUCUGCCAGACGAAUGUGGAUGAGUGCGACAAGAAUCCCUGUCUGAAUGGCGGCCGCUGCUUCGAUACCUACGGCUGGUACACCUGCCAGUGUCUGGAUGGCUGGGGCGGUGAGAUUUGCGAUCGACCCAUGACCUGCCAGACGCAGCAGUGUCUCAAUGGGGGCACCUGCCUGGACAAGGCCAUUGGUUUUCAGUGCGUCUGUCCGCCGGAAUUUACAGGAGAACUGUGCCAAAUUGCACCCAGUUGCGCCCAGCAGUGUCCCAUCGAUUCGGAGUGUGUUGGCGGCAAGUGCGUUUGUAAGCCAGGCUCAUCGGGACCCAUUGGUCAUUGCCUGCCAACAACAACCACACCGACACCAGAACAAGAGCCAACAACAACGACCAGAACCACAGCAAUAGUCCCUAUCCCAGCUAGUAAUCCCAACACCCUAACAACAACAACGAACACAACAACCAAGAUACCAAUAACAACGGCCAGAACAACGGUGGCAACAACCACGAGUAGCAAGCGACCACUUCAAUCACCAAACACCCAACGCUCGGCCUCCCUGAAUGCAUGUCCCCAAGAAAACUGCUUGAACGGUGGCACCUGCCUGGGAAAUAGUGGCAAUUAUACCUGUACUUGUGCUAGUGGAUACACAGGUUACAACUGUCAAACGAGCACGGGCGAUGGAGCGUCUGCCUUGGCCCUGACCCCCAUCAACUGCAAUGCCACCAAUGGCAAGUGUCUGAACGGAGGCACCUGCUCCAUGAACGGAACCCAUUGCUACUGUGCCGUCGGCUACUCCGGCGAUCGUUGCGAGAAGGCGGAGAGCUGCUCGCCACUGAAUUGCCAGGAACCGAUGGUAUGUGUCCAGAAUCAGUGCCUCUGUCCCGAGAACAAGGUGUGCAAUCAGUGCGCCACCCAACCCUGCCAAAAUGGAGGCGAAUGUGUGGAUUUACCAAAUGGAGAUUACGAGUGCAAGUGCACGCGAGGAUGGACUGGAAGGACCUGCGGCAACGACGUCGACGAAUGCACCCUGCAUCCGAAGAUCUGCGGCAAUGGGAUCUGCAAAAACGAGAAGGGAUCGUACAAGUGCUAUUGCACCCCAGGAUUCACUGGCGUCCACUGCGAUUCGGAUGUGGACGAGUGCCUCAGCUUCCCCUGUCUCAACGGAGCCACGUGCCACAACAAGAUCAAUGCCUACGAAUGCGUUUGCCAGCCGGGUUACGAGGGCGAGAACUGCGAAGUGGACAUCGAUGAGUGCGGCAGUAAUCCCUGCUCGAAUGGCUCCACCUGCAUCGACAGGAUCAACAACUUCACCUGCAACUGCAUCCCGGGAAUGACGGGUCGCAUCUGUGACAUCGACAUCGAUGACUGUGUGGGCGAUCCCUGCCUGAAUGGAGGCCAGUGCAUCGACCAGUUGGGUGGCUUCCGGUGCGAUUGCGCUGGCACCGGCUACGAGGGCGAGAAUUGUGAGCUGAACAUCGACGAAUGCCUCUCGAAUCCCUGCACGAAUGGUGCCAAGUGCCUGGACAAGGUGAAGGAUUACUUCUGCGAUUGCCAUAAGGGCUACAAGGGAAAGAACUGUGAGCAGGACAUCAACGAGUGCGAGAGCAAUCCCUGUCAGUAUAAUGGAAAUUGCCUGGAGAGGUCCAAUAUGACUUUAUACCAGAUGAGUCGAAUCACAGAUCUCCCAAAGGUGUUUAGCCAGUCCUUCAGCUUUGAGAAUGCCAGCGGCUACGAAUGCGUUUGUGUGCCGGGCAUUAUAGGCAAAAACUGUGAGAUCAACAUAAACGAAUGCGAUAGUAAUCCCUGCAGCAAACAUGGAAGCUGUAAUGAUGGGAUUGGCACCUACACCUGCGAAUGCGAACCUGGAUUCGAGGGAACCCACUGCGAGAUCAACAUAGACGAGUGCGAUCGCUAUAAUCCUUGCCAGCGGGGAACUUGCUAUGACCAAAUAGACGACUACGACUGCGACUGUGAUGCCAACUAUGGUGGCAAGAACUGUUCUGUGCUCCUCAAGGGUUGUGAAAAGAAUCCCUGUUUAAAUGGCGGCGCCUGCCUGCCCUACUUGGUCAACGAGGUGAAACACGAGUACAACUGCACCUGUGAGAACGGUUUCCAGGGUGAUAAAUGCGAGAAGACCACCACACUUUCUAUGGUGGCCACCAGUCUGAUUUCGGUGACCACGGAACGCGAGGAGGGCUACGACAUCAAUCUGCAAUUCCGGACCACUCUGCCAAAUGGAGUUCUGGCCUUUGGAACGACGGGCGAGAAGAAUGAGCCAGUUAGUUAUAUCCUGGAGCUGAUUAACGGACGACUGAAUCUCCACUCCUCGCUACUAAACAAGUGGGAGGGUGUCUUUAUUGGAUCGAAGCUGAACGAUAGCAACUGGCACAAGGUGUUUGUGGCCAUCAACACUUCGCAUUUGGUGCUCUCGGCCAACGAUGAGCAGGCCAUCUUUCCGGUGGGCUCCUACGAAACGGCCAACAACAGUCAACCCUCGUUCCCGCGAACCUAUCUGGGCGGCACCAUUCCCAAUCUGAAGUCCUAUCUGCGCCACCUCACCCAUCAGCCGUCGGCUUUCGUGGGUUGCAUGCAAGACAUCAUGGUCAAUGGGAAAUGGAUCUUCCCCGAUGAACAGAGUGCCAAUGUCAGCUAUACCAAACUGGAGAAUGUCCAGAGCGGAUGUCCACGCACGGAGCAAUGCAAACCGAAUCCCUGCCAUUCGAAUGGCGAGUGCACGGAUCUCUGGCACACCUUCGCCUGCCACUGUCCCAGACCCUUCUUCGGGCACACCUGUCAGCAUAAUAUGACUGCUGCCACCUUUGGCCACGAGAACACCACCCACUCGGCUGUGAUUGUGGAGACAACGGAUGUGGCCAGGCGCGCCAUUCGCUCUAUCCUGGACAUCUCCAUGUUCAUCCGAACCCGCGAGCCAACCGGUCAGGUCUUCUACUUGGGCACCGAUCCAAGAAAGGCACCCACCAAAAAUAUUGGCGACUCGUAUGUGGCGGCCAAACUGCAUGGCGGUGAGCUCCUGGUGAAGAUGCAGUUCAGCGGCACUCCGGAGGCCUACACCGUCGGUGGCCAGAAGCUGGACAAUGGCUACAACCACCUCAUCGAGGUGGUGCGCAACCAGACGCUCGUGCAGGUCAAGCUCAAUGGCACCGAGUACUUCCGCAAGACGCUGUCGACGACGGGUCUGCUGGACGCACAGGUGCUCUACUUGGGCGGACCUGCACCCACGCGUGAGUCCCUCCUGGGAGCCACUACUGAACCGGGUGUGCCGGCACUGCCAGGAGCAGGAGUGCCCAUCGAGGACACCACGGUGCCCAAGGAGGCGGACGACAGCAGGGACUACUUCAAGGGCAUUAUUCAGGACGUGAAGGUGAGCAAUGGAUCGCUCAAUCUGAUUGUGGAGAUGUACUCGCUGAAUGUUACGGAUGUCCAAGUGAAUGCCAAACCGCUGGGCGCCGUGACCAUUGAUCGCGCCUCCGUCCUGCCCGGCGAGGUGUCCGAUGAUCUGUGCCGCAAGAAUCCCUGCCGCCACAAUGCCGAGUGCCGGAACACCUGGAACGACUACAGCUGCAAGUGCCCCAAUGGUUACAAGGGCAAGGAUUGCCAGGAGAUCGAGUUCUGCCAACUGGUCACCUGUCCGGGGCAGAGUGUUUGCCAAAAUCUGGACGAUGGCUACGAGUGUCUGACGAAUACGACCUUUACGGGUCAGGAGCGCUCUCCGCUGGCCUUCUUCUACUUCCAGGAGCCUCCGUCCGAGGAGAUUGUGGGUGAAGCACCGCCCAAGCAGAUUCUCAAGCCCGUCAUCGAUAUAGCCUUCCGCACUCGUGCUGGGGGAACUCUCCUCUACAUCGACAAUGUGGAUGGAUUCUUUGAGAUCGGUGUGAACGGAGGACGAGUGACCAUCACCUGGAAGCUGAGUGCGCUGCACUUUGGCGAGUCCGCUCGUUUCGAGAAGGAGAACACGGAUGGCGAAUGGAGUCGCAUCUAUUUGAGGGCCCACAAUGGCAAACUGGAGGGCGGCUGGAAGGGCUGGGAAUCGAUGGUGGAUCCGGCGCCAGCCUUCUCCACGGACAUUGACCAGGCGGCCUUCCAGUCGCUGAUUGCCUCCAGCACUCAGGUUUACCUAGGCGGCAUGCCCGAAUCCCGGCAAGCACGUGGAUCCACUCUGUCCGCCCAGCAGGGCUCCCAGUUCAAGGGCUGUGUGGGUGAGGCGAGAGUAGGUGAUCUCCUGCUGCCCUACUUCUCCAACGCUGAGCUAUAUCCGCGCACCGAAAACGUCUCCGUGCAGCUGAAGGCCCAGUUCCGCUUGAAUACCACUCGUCCGGAGGAGGGCUGCAUCCUGUGCUUCCAGUCGGACUGCAAGAAUGCCGGAUAUUGCCAGGCUCCCUCCGAUGAGUACGCCUGCACCUGCCAGGCGGGAUUCGAGGGCGACGACUGCGGCACGGACAUUGACGAAUGCCUGAACACGGAGUGCAUGAACAACGGAACCUGCAUCAACCAAGUGGCGGCCUUCUACUGCCAGUGCCAGCCAGGAUUCGAGGGUCAGCACUGCGAGCAGAACAUCGACGAGUGUGCCGAUCAGCCCUGCCACAAUGGUGGCAACUGCACGGAUCUGAUUGCCGCGUAUCUGUGCGAUUGUCCCGAGGACUACACGGGUCCCCAGUGCGAUGUGCUCAAGCAGAUGACCUGCGAGAACGAGCCCUGCCGCAAUGGAUCCACCUGCCAGAAUGGAUUUAAUGCUUCCACUGGCAAUAACUUUACCUGCACCUGCGUAACCGGUUUCGAGGGUCCUUUAUGUGACAUUCCCUUCUGUGAACUGAUGCCCUGCGAUAAUGGUGGUCUCUGUUUAACCACUGGAGUGGUUCCCAUGUGCAAGUGCAGCCUGGGCUACACAGGUCGCCUGUGCGAGCAGGACAUCAACGAGUGCGAGCCGAAUCCCUGCCUGAACGGAGGUCAGUGCAAGGAUCUGGUGGGCAGGUAUGAGUGCGACUGCCUGGGCACCGGAUUUGAAGGCUUGCGCUGCGAGAACGACAUCGAUGAGUGCAACCUGGAUGGCGAUUACUGCGGCGGAUUGGGUCGGUGCUUCAACAAGCCCGGCUCCUUCCAGUGCAUCUGCCAGAAGCCCUAUUGCGGCGCGUACUGCAACUUCACGGAUCCCUGCAACGGCACGGAUCUCUGCGCCAAUGGCGGUCGCUGCGUGGAGUCCUGUGGCUCCAAACCGGACUACUACUGCGAGUGCCUCGAGGGAUUCGCGGGCAAGAACUGCACGGCACCGAUCACGGCCAAGGAAGAUGGACCCUCGACGACAGACAUUGCCAUCAUUGUCAUACCCGUGGUGGUGGUGCUCCUCCUCAUCGCGGGCGCCCUGCUGGGCACCUUCCUGGUGAUGGCCAGGAACAAGCGGGCCACCAGGGGCACCUACAGCCCCAGCGCCCAGGAGUACUGCAACCCGAGGCUGGAAAUGGACAACGUGCUGAAGCCACCGCCGGAAGAGCGACUUAUUUAGUUUUGAGCAGCGAGCGACGACGAUUAGCAAAGCAAAAAACAAAAGAUAUUUUUAAAUCCGCCCAUAUACACCUAGCUGUAGGAGUAACGCAAUGUUUUGUACUAAGUUCGCCCCUAGUUUACAUCUUAAGGUGCUCAAAGCAACAGCAGCAGCAGCAGUUAGGCUACCAAUCCUACGAUCCCGAUCCCGAUCACCCUGCCUACGCUUUAGUUAGUUAAUAAUGCCGUUGUCUAUUUAUUCUAGUAGUUUAGAUGACAGACGUACCGCCCCUAUAGUCGUUAUGUAGUUACGUUCCGAUAGUUUAGAUUCAGUAUUCGAUUUCUCGUAUAUGUAAUCCUAAAGCUGCGAACAAAGUUGAGCUCUGACACCGAUUAACCCCCUCCACAUUCCGCAGGGAAGCCCUUCAAACGUAUUGUACGAGUAUUUUUUGUAAAUAGGAUUGUUUGCCGACUCUUAAACUAAAUUAGCUGAGCUAAAAACGAAAUCAAAAAACCGAAAAUCCUAUAUGCCUAUAUAUACGCGAGUAUAUAUAUCAGUAAAUGUGGCCUUAUAACAAAAAAAAAACGAAGAUAGUGACGAAAAGCAAUGACAACCAGCAAGAACUUGAAAAACUAUUGAUUAAGUAAAUCAAAUGAAAGACAUAUUUUGCUCUAGAAUUUCUAAGCGUAAACUUAAGAGACUGUACUAUAUAAUAAAUAUUAAAUAUUUCGACUUUUUUCCAA